AUGAAGAGUAUUUUGAUAUUUGCUUGUAUCUUGACGUUAUGCUCAGCUUCUUUAAUCUCAUGUCCCAAUGGUCAACAACCAGAGAAAGAUGAUACUGGAAAGCUAAUACAGUGUCUGCCAGGAUUAUCCGUUUCCCAGUGUGGUAAAGCCUACGGUUGCUUUUUUUCCGGAGUUAAUUACCUAUGUUGUCCAAACAACGAAAUAGCGAACAGAACCAAUGUUUGUCCAGCAACAUACACUACUGUUAUGAGCUCUCAAGGUGCACCGGUUAAAUGUAAUUUGUAUCAAAGCUGUCCUCUUCGCAAAAUGGAAUGUGUACACACAGGUCGUGAUUAUACCUGUUGCGAACCAUAUCUAUUGACAAAAAAAUCAAAGCAAAGUUUGACGGAAUGUCCAAAAGGAACUAAAAAUGUGAUAAAUGAACAAGGAAAAAAGGUUAUGUGUCUAAGAGAAACUCAAUGUGUCAAUGAAAAUCAAUUCUGCUUUGGCAGAAGAAAAGUUUGUUGUGAAAGAAUCCCUCAGGAAAAGCCAAGAAAAAGUAUUUUCCAUAAGAGUAACAAUCUAUCAGGCUGGAUUGGAUUCCGUGCUACAUAA